AUGGAUCACUAUGCCCAAGCCUCUGCUGAAGCUGAUGCUUCUCGCCUGUCCAUGGCUGAAAAGAAUGAGAAGGAAAACGUGGAGUCACUCCCAGCGACACAGGUUGAUGUGGAGGAGAAACCACACGUGAUCGACCUGGAACCAGAACUGGAAGAUUUCAUGGACCAGCACUUCGAUGACCGUCAGAAAUUUCCAGAAGAAGAAAGUUUCCAAGAAGGAGGUGAGACUGGAGUUGGGCCUGGGGAUACUGAGGAAACGCAGCAAUAUGAACCAGGUGAUGUUUGCAAUGAUGUUAUAGCAGGUGAGCCAGUUACCCAUGAGCCCGCUGCACCUGACGCUGAAGAUCGUGUUCCUGAGGAAGACAAUCAGUCCGCCUGGAAGCAAGAUGAUUGGUCAUACUAUGGGUAUUGGCCUUACGAUAGCUGGGGUGGAUCGUGGAAGAGCUCUUGGGACUAUGGAUAUGGCUACUAUGGUUCCUGGGGCCAAUGGGACAACUACCAUGGAAAAGAGGGAGGGAACACAGUGCGCAGGUCGAACUCUGUCGAGAGUGGGGUCAGCGGGUUUUCGCAGUUGACCAGCGUCUCCGCGUUGCACAUGUCAUUGAACAGGCUCAACACGCCGGACCUUGAACAUGUGAAGAAGAAUGAUGAGAAGAAGAAUGAUAAGAAGAAUGAUAAGAAGAAUGAUGAGAAGAAGAAUGAUGAGAAGAAACAUGAAAAGCCUGUCAGAUUGGAUGAUGCAACCUCACCGAGCUCGUCAGUCCCUGCCCCAGCAGCUUCUCCCAAUGGAACUCCAGGUGAUGAGAUGAACCAGGAACACCAUGAUGGAUCCGAUGUUGGAACCGCACCCAGUUCAUCGAAUGGUGACACCGGUGCGCCCUCAGAAACUCCUGAUGGUAAUGCCGUGGAAGCAAAGAAUGAUGACAAGAAGGCCGCAGAGGGUGAAGGGUAUGACUCGAGCCCGAAGACUCCUGAAGAGAUUCAGAAGAUGGGCCGUCGAGCCCACGGAUGUUCUCACCUACACUCUGUCCUUUUUGAGUCCUGGUUGUCGGCCUCUGGUGACUGGAAAAAAUCUAAGCUCUACAUUCAGGCCACUGAGUCACGUAGCAACAAGAAGAUGGGCAAAAGAAAGUGGUUCCUGAAGUCGGAGAUGAUCAGCCGUUUCGGUGAAGCUGCUACGGAAGCGAUGAUACAAAGAAAAGAAGGUGACAAGGACCUAAAGGAAACUGAAUGCCGUGACCACCCAGACUGUCCAGGUGUCGAGGAGAUGAGGCAAUACAAAUGCCUGGAUGAAGAGUCUGAAAUGGACAGUGAAGAAUCAGAAGUAAAAUUUCUGUUCGAUGCGGUGGAUGAAGACAGCUCGUCAAGCAGCAGCAGCAGCAGCUCAUCGUCGGACAAGAAGGCUAGGAGACAAUAG